AUUCUAUUAUUGACUUAAAAAAAAAUAUUUUCGAUUAGAAAAUAAGUUUUUCUAACUGAAUAACUUGAAAAUUUCAGUGAAAGUAUUUCGGUUAGUUUACAGUGGUUUCGUAAGUUACAUGAUUCCAUGAGUAAUUAUUGGGAUGUAAAUAUUAUUUGAAAAAUUAUUGUUGUAUAACAUGCAUUUCCAGUGAUUACUUUAGGAACCAUGUAAGAUUUAUUUAGUAAUAAAUUGUUACAAAAUUAUUUUUUUUUUAGUUUCUAGCUUAUAUAUAUUUUAAUAAUGAACCUAGGGUUAAAUGAUGAUGAUAUUUCCGAACUUUUAAAUGGAGACGUGUCAGAUAUAGAAGAAUUUGAUGAAGGUGAAGAUAUUAAUUAUGAAAAUUUAGAUGAAAUAUUGACAACAAUUACUAAUGAACCUGAAGUUAACAAUAAUGCAGAUCUUGGUACCAAUGAAAACUUAGAUGAAGUUAUAUCAAAUGAUUUAGAAAUAUUAGAAAAUUUAUUAAAUAUAAAUGAAAUUGGAAGUUUUGAAUUCUCUGAAACAGAACAUUUAAACGAUCAAACAAUUAAAAUUCCCAAGUGGGAAAAGGUACCUUGGAAUAAUAUAGAAACUACAUGGAAAGGUGAUUUACCAAAACCUCCUGAUAGUAUAUUGACUCCGUUUGAAUAUUUCAAAUUAUUUGUGUUAAUAUGAUUCGCAACAUAUCAUCUGAGCAAACAAAUUUAUACUCAGUUGAAAAAUGUGGAAAAAGUGUAGCUACUUCACCAGAAGAAAUUUAACAAUUCUUAGGAUUCCAAAUGUACAUGAGUAUUAUUAAAAUGCCUUUGUACGGAAUGUUUUGGGCUGAACAGACUCGUUUUUCGACAGUGUCUGAUGCUAUGUCAAGAAAUCGUUUUGAUAGUUUGAGAUCAAAUAUCCAUUUUAAUUACAACAAUAAAAUGCUUUCAAGAGAGCAUCCAGACCAUGAUAAACUAUUUAAAGUACGCCCUUUUAUAAAUGCAAUACGUGGAAACAUGAGAAAAAUUAAAGUUGAAGAAUACACAGCUAUUGAUGAAAUUAUAAUCCCAUUCAAAGGGCGUUCAACGAUGAAGCAAUAUAAUAAAAACAAACCCCAUAAAUGGGGUAUAAAAAUGUUCGCUCUUCCUUCGUCGAAUGGAUUAGUCCAUGACUUUGAAAUUUAAGUUGGAAAAGGUACUCUACCACCAUCAGAACAUGGACUUGGAAUUAGUGGAGAUGUAGUGAUGCGUUUAGUUGAUAGUAUUCCUAAUUACAAAGUUUCCAUGGAUAAUUGGUUCAAUUCCCAUAGUUUACAAUGUAAAUUACAAUUAUCUGGAAUUUUGGGUAUAGGAUCAGUGCGAUCCAAUAGAAUUGCUGGAUGUGUACUAGAAAAUGACAAAACUCUAAAGUCAGAAGGAAGAGGAACACAUGACAGUCAAGUUGAUACUGUUAAUAAUAUAGUGGUCACCAAAUGGUAUGACAACAAAGUUGUCCAUGUAAUUUCGAACUACCAAGGACCACUUCCAAUAAAUAAAGUAAAAAGGUGAUCUGUUGCUGAUAAAAAACAGGCCAACAUCUAUUGCAGAAUAUAACUCAUUUAUGGGAGGUGUGGAUCUACACGAUAUGUUAGUUGAAAUUUUCAGAGUAAAUAUAAGUAAGACGAUUUUACCAACGUAUUAUUUAUCAUUUAAUUGAUAUGUGUGUUGUCAAUGCGUGGCUCUUUUAUCGGAGGCACUGUAAGCAACUUAAGAUAAAAAAUAGUACAAGUUUAUUGAAAUUCAAAUCAGAAAUAGCACAUGCUUUAUUUCAAGCUGGUAAAAAUAAAUUGUAUAAAAGAGGAAGACCAUCAUUGUCAACUACACCACCAACUAAAAAAAAAAGAUUAUUUGCCCCAAGGCCAGUAGAUGAUGUUAGGUUUGAUGAAGUAGCUCAUUGGCCUCUUCCAGUUACAAAAAAGCAACGAUGCAAACAUUGCAUAAAAAGUUUACUACAAACACAUGCAGUAAGUGUAAUUUACACUUAUGUUCAAAAGUUUACAAAAUGUGUGUUAUUGCUUUUCAUAAAAAAUAGUAACUUUUUGUGAUAAUUAUUAUACUUUUUACUACCUAUCAAAACUGAUAAAGAGAUAACUAUUAAAAUAUUCAAUAAUGUACCUUAUGUAUAAAUAAGUUCUUUAAAUUCUAAUAAAGUGUUCCUUUGCAUUUUGUUUGGUUGUUUUAAGUCCUUUUUUUUAAUUCUUAUUAUAUUAUUAAAUAUUUGUUUUGUUUAAUAACAUCAUAAUAUUAUAUUUGUUAUGUUUUACUUUAAAAUUUGUUUUAUUACAUGAUAUUAUGUUAUGUUUUAUUAUAAAAUUUAUUUUAAAUUGUUAA